AUGAACAGCGCAUGCCUGACGAGGUGCUGCCCUCGCGCGCCAUCCCCCGGGCUCAUUCGUGCGCCAACCGCGUCUCCUCGCUUGCUUCGCCCUCUUGCAUUGGCAGGCAGCAGCCGAUACUUUUCCGCCUCGACCUUGCGGUCGAAGCACCACGACGGCGACCCGAGGUUCAGAGACUUGGGCAAACAGAUAUCGGAUGAAUUUGCCGUGGUCAGAGAACACUAUGAGACACCCAGGCAUCCCAUCGUCCUCGCCCACGGGUUGAUGGGCUUCGCCGAGCUUCGCCUGGGCUCGUACGUCCCGCCGAUCCACUACUGGCGCGGCAUCUCGGAGUCGCUGAGGACGCUCUCGGGCCCUUCCAACAUCAUCACGACGUCGGUGCCACCGUCGGGCUCCAUCGAGGAGCGUGCCGCCAAGCUGAGCGCCGAUAUCGCCGCCAAAGCGGGCGGGCGCGCUGUCAACAUCGUCGCGCACUCCAUGGGCGGCCUCGACGCGCGCUACAUGAUCUCCCACCUCAAGCCCGCCAACGUCAAGGUUAUGAGCCUCGUCACCGUCGCCACGCCGCAUCGCGGCAGCGCUUUCGCCGACUUUCUGCUAGACGGGCGCGGGCCCAUCAGGCUCGCGAACCUGUACGGCCUCAUUGAGCGCGCCGGGCUGGGCACGCAGGCGUUCGAGCAGCUGACGCAGAAGUACAUGGCCGAGGAGUUCAACCCGCGCACGCCUGACAGCGACGAGGUGCGCUACUUUAGCUACGGGGCGUGUACGGAUCGGCCGCCCCUGCUGAGCCCGUUCCGGCAGAGCCACCGGAUCCUCGAGGAGGCCGAGGGGGCCAACGACGGGUUGGUAAGCGUGGCCAGCAGCCGGUGGGGGGAUUACAAGGGCACACUGCUGGAUGUGAGCCACCUAGACCUGAUCAACUGGUCCAACAGGCUCAAGUGGACGCUCCGCAAGGUGUGGAUGGGGCAGACGCGAACGUUCAACGCCGUUGCGUUUUACCUGGACAUCGCCGACAUGUUGGCCAAAGAAGGGUUGUGA